AUGGCUUCCGAAGGUACUUCAUGGGGUGCGGAGGAUAUUGGGGCGCAGGGUGAUCAAGUUCAGCAUAGUGAGGAACAAGUUGAUAACUAUGCUCAUGACUCUCUUGCCUCUGGUGAUGCUGAUGCAGCGGAUAAUGGUACAGAAGAUGACGGCGGAGAAUAUGACCCAGAGUCGGUCACCAUUGGUACACCUGCCAUGGUUCCCGAGCCAGCUUCUUCGGGCACUCAACGUCAGACAUCAAAGCCCAAGAUGUCAGGUGGCUUCAUAGUUGAGGCUUCCGAUGACGAGGAUGAAGAUGAGGACGAGGACGAAGAUGAAGAUGAGCAGCCUGCCAGUGCCGUUCCUCAAACCGAUGCAGUCUCUACCCAAAACCACCCUGGCCCUUCCACUACGUCUGAUGAACACGUUCCUGCAGCUCCAACUCAUGCUCCCGUCCCUCCUGCUGUUCCUUCCAAUGUGACACCGGUUCUUCCUGGUUUCGGCCCUGUUGAUCUCCUUGAAUUUCGUGUCAAGGAAGACCCUCGUGGCGAUAUGGAUGCUUGGCAAGAGUUGAUUGCCUCUCACAGAGACUUCAGCCCACUGGAAAAGGCUCGAAGUACUUAUAACCGCUUCGUAGAGAUCUUCCCACAAGCUGCUGAUAAAUGGGUUGAAUGGAUUGAACUGGAGCUGAAAUAUAACAAUUUUGUCGAUGUCGAGCAGCUAUUUGGAAGAUGUCUCAUGACGGUUCCCAACGUGAAGCUGUGGACAGUCUAUCUAGACUAUAUUCGCCGUCGCAACGACUUGAACAAUGACCCGUCUGGCCAGGCUCGCCGCACCGUUACUCAGUCCUACGAAUUUGUGAUUGACAACAUUGGCGUGGACCGAGAUUCUGGUAACAUCUGGCAGCAGUAUGUCCAGUUCGUUAAGAAUGGGCCGGGUCAAAUCGACGGGACAGACUGGCAAGACCGACAAAAGAUGGAUCAGUUGCGCGGGAUAUACCGACGCGCUGUCGCCGUUCCCAUGUCGACCGUCAAUAACCUCUGGAAGGAGUAUGAUCAAUUCGAAAUGGGAUUGAACAAGAUGACUGGUCGCAAAUUCAUUCAGGAACGUUCGCCAGUCUACAUGUCAGCCAAGAGCGCCAACAUUGCUCUGGACAAUAUCACCCGGCAUCUUGACCGCACAAACCUUCCAAGGCUCCCACCUGCUCCAGGUUUCAACGGCGACCAGGAAUUCCGAGAUCAAAUUGAAAUGUGGAAGAAGUGGAUUGCCUGGGAAAAGGAAGACCCGCUCGUCCUGAAGUCUGAUGAGCCCAAGGCGUACAACCAGCGAGUUCUCCAUGUCUACAAGCAAGCAUUGAUGGCACUUCGAUUCUGGCCUGAAAUCUGGGUUGAUGCAGCGGAAUGGUGUUUCCAAAAUGAUAUCCGUGAAAACGACAAAGAGAUGGGCACGGAACUGCUAGUGGAGGGCAUCAAGGCAAACCGCGAGAGUGUGUUGCUUGCAUUGAAGCACGCGGACCAUAUCGAGGUUAACUAUCCAGGCAAGGAGGUCGACAAGGCGGAGUUUGCGCAAGCUGUUCGCAAGCCUUACGAUGACGUGCUAGAAACUCUGUACGAGAUGGGCGACAAAGUCAAGGAGCGGGAAAAGCUGGAAAUUUCAACACUGAAGCAGGCGGCGGCCCAAGAUCCAGUCCAAGCAUCCAUCGAGGAAAACGAUGAUGACCAAGACAACACACCCAAACGUUCACCCACGGAGGAGCGCAUCCUUGCCAUCCAGAAGGGAUAUGCUGCCGAAACACAACUUCUAUCCAGGACAAUCUCAUAUGUAUGGAUUGCUCUGGCACGGGCCAUGCGUCGCAUUCAAGGCAAAGGUAGUCAAGCAGAAGGUGGCUUGCGCAAAGUCUUCACCGAUGCUCGCCAAAAGGGACGACUCACGAGUGAUGUUUACGUCGCCGUGGCAUUACUCGAGUCUGUUGUCUACAAGGAUCCUGUAGGCGCCAAAAUCUUUGAAAGGGAUGCCCGUGUUGUUUUUGAGACCUGUAUCAACCGCCUGGUUUCGAAUCCAGACACCUUGGCAAAGGCCAAGCCGCUUUACGCUUAUUUUCAUAAGUACGAAUCGCAGUAUGGCGAGUUGUCGCAGAUUUCCAAGUUGGAGGACCGAAUGGCGGAGCUAUUCCCAGAGGAUCCCAAGCUCAAGUCCUUUGUAGACCGAUUCUCGACUGAGAAGUUUGAUCCGAUUGCUACCCCCAUCAUAAUCUCCAAGACAGCUCAGAUGCGUCCAAAGCAGAUUGUCCCUGUGGUUCAACAUCAACAUCAGCAAUCCAUCUCACUGCGAAACAGUCCCAUGCCAGUUCGGCAGGAACAAAAUCCCCGUCCUCAGUAUGUUCGGGCAACUGCUUCACCUAAACGGCCUCUUGCUGUUGAUGAUGAAGAGCUCAACCCACCCAAGCGACUUGCCAGAGGCGCUUCGCCGCUCAAGGGCGCUGCAGGACGCCGCCUUGACCAACAACGACGGAACCAGGCAUCGGCGUUACACAGAGACAUCACUUUCUUGCUCAACAUCCUACCGUCGUCGCAAAGCUAUGAUGCCCAACGUUUCAACUCUGCAGCCUUGGUAUCCAUUCUCCGAGAUACUGAAAUCCCUGACUUUGCUACACUGAAAGCUGCCGGUGGUGGCCAACCGCGCUUUGGCAAUCCCACCCAUACACGACAGCCAUCGGGAGAGUUUGUCAAUCGACCACUGAGCCCAUACGGAAGGAUGUCAGCCGCAGCUGGUGGGUACAGGAACUCGCCAUUGCGGCCGGAGACGGGAAAUGCCUAUCAAUCAAACCCGUACCCUCCGCCUGAAGCAAGUGGCCAGCAAUCCACAUGGCCACAAGCACCUGGCGGAUACGGUGCGCCAGCGCCAGGACAAUUCGGAGGGUAUCGAUACUGA